AUGGAUCAACAAGUACUGUCGACGCUUGAGCUUGUCGCACAAGUUUUUCAACAUCUUGACGGUGGAUCCCUCAUGCGCUGUCGCAAGGUCAAUACGCUGUUUGAUCUCGUUGCUCAGGAAGAGUGGCGCGCCCGCGUUCAUGCUCACACCGCUCCGUUCGUAUGCGACGUCAGCCACUUCUACUUCCUGCUUGGAGGAGUGGAGGGUGUUGUGUCGGGGUCCACUGCGCUUGCUGUCAUCCUAUCUGGCUCCGAGUUCGACGGCUUUCUGCAGCCGACAUCGGAUCUUGACGUGUACCUCCCCACGGAGGUUGGAAGAGACGAGAUAGUGAGACAUUUGGUCUCUUCGGAAGGGUAUAGGGUGGAUUCUGGGACAACUUCAUCAGGAGAAGAGCUCUGGAAGCGCAAGCCUGACACCAUCAUCUCUUUGACACGUCUAACACGCGUCGCGGGGGACGUCAAGCACUCGGUUGACAUUGUAGUCGGGACCGAUCACGCCGCGACUACGCCGAUAUUGUCUUUUUGGGGCUCUUUGGUCAUGAAUUACAUUUCGGAGACCUCCAUCGUUUGCCUUUAUCCUCGGCUUACACUACGCGGGCGUUUCUUCACGCGCCCCGGCAUUCAAGCGGAUAUAAUUUCGGAUCCCCUCCAGAAGUAUAUCGAUCGAGGCUUCCACCGCGUUCACCGUACUCAGCACUCGGGAUUUUGUGGCUCUCGUCAGAGUUACUGUCCGGGAAGGUUCAGAUUUACGGAGGACGCUGCGAGCAUGAGGGUGGACUGGCAGUCGCGAGGAGGCGCAUACUUGCCGUACGGGCUACGCUCUCCAAGUAGCGUGCCCUCUGCUUACUGGAAAUGGUCUACUUGUACGCGUGUCAUAUACGAUAAGCCGUAUGAGGAUACUUCGGACGGCUGUGUUGUUGGUAGACUCUGA